AUGGCGUCGAGAUUACCGAGUGCCAGUACAAGAAAGAAUGCUCAAGUUACUUGUCAAUUAUGUCAAAGAAGCUCGCCGUUAAAAUGGAAGUGUAAUGAUUGUGACAUAUUAAUGUGCGAUAACUGUAAAACAAACGUUCAUGCUAGAGUAAAAACAGCUACCAGACAUAAAAUAGUCGAAAUUAAGGAUAUAGACUUCAGCGAGCUCAACGAACCGUCUGUUGAUUUAGAUAAUAUUCCAUGUAAGACGCAUUCAACACAAUCGUGCUGUGUGUAUUGUAUUCAAUGCAAAGAAUUGAUAUGUCCGAAAUGCUUGAAAACGCACAAGGGACAUGAUGUUGAGGAAAUUGAAACACAAUACAUUCAGAAUUUGGAAUAUUUGCGGGGAAAUGUUUCAGAUAAUAUUGACCCUAAUGACCUUACAUCUAUUUUUGGAUCGUUGAAUAAACUAAGCAUGCAAACUAUAAUAACUAAUCCGGAAAAAAUCAAUUUGACCAAAACAAAUACGUUUGAAGUUAACCUACCAUUUGUUCAAAUUAUAGUAACAACAAGUGUUAAUUCAGUGUGGAUUACUUGCAUGCAAACAAGAACACUUCAGGAGAUGAAAAUAGAACAGACCCUGAAGUCAUUACGAGAGUACAACGAUAAAUCUAUAUAUGCCAUGGCAAUGUCCAAAACUGGAGAUGUGCUUUUAACUUUAGCAGAAUACAGUCAUCUAUACCGUUUAGACGAAACUGGGAUGAUUGAUGUCGUUCAUGAUUUUAGUCCUCUGCUACCUAAAGCUAUCCAUGCAAAUGGUAACGGUAUAAUUGUCAGUACAAGAGAGAAAGGAGACGCAUUCCCUAUCACUAAACACAGUCGUCGUCAGAUUGUUGUACUUGCUAAAAAAAGAAUAAUUGAAUACGAUAAACAGAACAAACGAUUAUUUUCUCUUAUCGGUGGAUUGACAAUGAAUAAAACAGGACAUAUAUUUGGAAUAGAUUGUCCUUCAUUUGUCUUAAGAAGAAUAGUGAAAGUUGACAACAAUUCAAUUGAAUGGAAAUUCACAUAUUAA